UGGUGGCAUCACUAUUCACUGGCACGGUGUGUGAAUGAGCUGGUCGUAACAAUAUCUGUCAUUUCCACCACCAAACGGCGCCCAAGGACCGGCCUACAAAUAGAGCACUCUGGUGAACCGCAUCAACACAAGCUACACAGCUACACAAGGCAAGAAAGGAACUGCAAGCGCAGCCAUGUCACGGCUAGCGCUUCUUCUGCUCUUGUUCUUGCCAUUCUUCGCUGCGGUGUCGAGUGAGAAACCGAGCAAGCUUUCAAGGAGCCAGUUCCCAAAGGGCUUCCUCUUCGGGACAGCGUCCUCUGCCUACCAGUAUGAGGGAGCUGUGAAGGAAGGAGGCAGAGGGCCAAGCAUCUGGGACACCUUCACUCACAAUCACCCAGGUCACACUAUCUCCAUUCAGGCUCUACUCAUGCAUUCUGGCUGCAUUUGCUACAAACUGUCCAUAAUGUCAACUGUUUUCAUACAUCCAUUGUGGCUGCUAGUGCUACUCAUCAAGAUACAUAACAUGUGGAACAUAGUAUCAAUUCAGAGGGCCAAUAGUCAUACCAGUUAG